AUGCUGCCGCCAAAAGGAAGGGCUCGGGCAGAGAUCCCGAGGGCAAGAAGCCCAAGACCGGGGAUGCCGGGAAGAAAUCCCCCCCGGUGAUCAUUGUUGAUGAAGGCCCUGCCCCCGGGCCAGAUGAGGACAUGCAGGUGGCGAAGGUGCCGUCGGGAGUUCAGGGGCCAUCUUCCGAGGUCCUCAUGGUUUCCCUCCCGGCUGGUACGGCCGUGAUGAAUGGUACCGCCGACCCGAGGGCGCUUCUGCGAGGCAUCACCCUCGAGAUUGACAGGGUUGCCCUCGGGGCUGAUGAAGACGAAGCCCUCGAGGACAGGAUCCUCCGGUCCUCCCUUACAACCUGCAUUGCCCUCGGGGAGCAAGCCCGGCGGCUAGAGGAGUGGCGCCUUCGCAAGGCCGAGCAGGAGGCCAAGAUGCGGGAGCUCAUCCGCCAGAAUGCAGACGCUGUGCGGCAGAUGGCCACGCUGGAGGAGAGCCUUCGGCAGAUGACCCUGCGAGCGGAGGCCGCGGAUCGGGGUAGGGCAGAAGCCGAGAGGUCCGAAGCUGAGGCCUUGGAGAAGGCUGCCAAGGAAGCCGAGGCCGCGAAGGUUGAAGCCGUCGAGAGAGCCCGGGAGGACGCAAUCUCGGGGUUCUUGGCAGGGGGAUGGCGGUCCGAGGAGCACAAGCAAUGGCUGUCCUCGGUCGUCGAGUCCUCGGUCGACGAGUGGUGCGAUGGGCCUGGCGUGGAGUGGGUUUCCCGAAAGGGUAAACAAUACUACGAUGGGGGCGAGUUCUUCACUCAAGCCCUCAUCUAUCGGAGGAUGGCUCGCCACUUGAAGAUCGAGCCAAAGGACUUUGACCCGGCAGCAUACGGGCUCCCCCCUGCAGCCAGACAUCCGCGUUCCUCUUCCCCCCGAUGUCGAGAGGCCAGACCUAGAGGACUCUGAG